ACAUGGCCUCUGCCGCUUCCUAAGCAGAGGCAACAUGGCGGCCUCAGCAAGCUGUAGCUGCGAGAUUUGAAUUACUCCACUCGUAGCUAUUACAUUCCUGACGAUGGCCUCUGUGGCUUCGUGCGAUUCGCGUCCGAGCUCAGACGAGCUCCCUGGAGACCCCUCUUCACAAGAAGAAGAUGAGGACUAUGAUUUUGAAGAUCGGGUCAGCGGCUCGGGUUCAUAUUCCUCAGCGAGUAGCGAUUAUGAUGAUCUUGAGCCUGAAUGGCUGGACAGUGUGCAGAAAAAUGGAGAGCUGUUCUAUUUGGAAUUGAGUGAGGAUGAAGAAGAAAGCCUCCUUCCUGAGACACCAACUGUGAACCAUGUCAGGUUCAGUGAAAAUGAGAUUAUCAUUGAAGAUGAUUACAAAGAAAGAAAAAAGUAUGAACCCAAACUCAAGCAGUUUACCAAAAUUUUAAGAAGGAAAAGACUUUUACCCAAGCGCUGCAAUAAAAAAAAUAGCAAUGACAAUGGACCAGUAUCCAUUCUAAAGCAUCAGUCCAAUCAGAAGACAGGAGUCAUUGUCCAACAACGGUACAAAGAUGUGAAUGUUUAUGUAAACCCCAAAAAGCUAACUGUCAUCAAAGCCAAAGAGCAGCUGAAGCUUCUGGAAGUGCUGGUUGGAAUUAUUCAUCAGACCAAGUGGAGCUGGAGAAGAACUGGAAAGCAGGGUGAUGGAGAGAGGCUUGUGGUCCAUGGCCUGCUGCCAGGGGGAUCUGCUAUGAAGAGCGGUCAGGUACUCAUUGGUGAUGUCCUUGUUGCUGUGAAUGAUGUUGAUGUUACUACUGAAAACAUUGAGAGAGUUCUGUCUUGCAUUCCUGGACCUAUGCAGGUGAAACUGACAUUUGAAAAUGCAUACGCUGUGAAAAAGGAGACAUCCCAACCAAGACAGAAAAAGACACAGUCGAACACAAGUGAUUUAGUCAAGCUUCUCUGGGGAGAAGAGGUUGAAGGUAUCCAGCAGAGCAGCCUAAACACUCCUCAUAUCAUUAUGUAUCUCACGCUACAGUUCGACUCAGAAACCUCAAAGGAAGAGCAGGAAAUUCUUUAUCAUUAUCCAAUGUCUGAAGCAUCUCAGAAACUUAAAAGUGUGAGAGGGAUUUUUCUCACACUCUGUGACAUGCUGGAAAACGUAACUGGGACACAAGUUACUAGCUCAUCCCUCCUUUUAAAUGGAAAACAAAUUCAUGUGGCUUAUUGGAAAGAAUCUGACAAGUUGUUGCUAAUUGGCCUGCCUGCUGAAGAAGUUCCUCUUCCUCGGCUAAGGAACAUGAUAGAAAAUGUCAUCCAAACCUUAAAAUUUAUGUAUGGUUCUUUAGAUAGUGCCUUUUGCCAGAUUGAGAAUGUUCCUCGUUUGGAUCAUUUUUUUAACUUGUUCUUUCAAAGAGCACUUCAGCCUGUGAAACUGCAUUCCAGUGCCAGUCCCAGUGCUCAGCAGUACGAUGCUUCCAGUGCAGUACUUUUAGACAACCUCCCUGGAGUCCGGUGGCUCACACUUCCACUGGAAAUCAAGAUGGAAUUAGACAUGGCAUUAAGUGACUUGGAGGCUGCAGAUUUUGCAGAACUGUCCGAAGAUUACUAUGACAUGAGGCGGCUGUAUACAAUUUUGGGGUCUUCUCUAUUUUACAAGGGUUAUUUGAUAUGCAGCCAUUUGCCCAAGGAUGAUCUUAUUGAUAUUGCCGUAUACUGUCGCCACUAUUGCCUGCUGCCUUUAGCAGCAAAACAAAGAAUUGGUCAGUUGAUAAUAUGGAGAGAAGUGUUUCCUCAGCAUCACCUCCGACCUUUGGCAGACUCAAGCACUGAAGUCUUUCCGGAACCUGAAGGAAGAUAUUUUUUGCUAGUUGUUGGCUUGAAACAUUAUAUGCUAUGUGUACUAUUAGAAGCUGGAGGUUGCGCAUCCAAAGCUAUUGGGAGUCCUGGACCAGACUGUAUAUAUGUGGAUCAGGUCAAAACAACUCUUCACCAGCUGGAUGGAGUAGAUUCUCGCAUAGAUGAACGGCUAGCAUCUUCUCCAGUCCCCUGUUUGUCUUGUGCUGACUGGUUCCUUACUGGAUCACGUGAAAAAACAGAUAGCUUGACCACUUCACCUAUUCUCAGUAGGCUACAAGGUACUUCCAAAGUAGCAACUUCUCCAACAUGCAGAAGAACCCUUUUUGGUGACUAUUCCUUAAAGACACGUAAGCCUAGUCCUUCCCGUAGUAGUGGAGGAUCUGACAAUGGUUGUGAAGGUGGAGAAGAUGAUGGCUUUAGCCCCCAUACUACACCGGCCGCAGUACGGAAGCAAAGAGAAUCUCAGGGCUCUGAUGGUUUAGAAGAAAGUGGGACCUUGCUUAAGGUCACUAAAAAGAAGUCUACUCUUCCAAAUCCAUUUCAUUUGGGAAACUUGAAAAAGGACCUUCCAGAAAAAGAAUUAGAACAAUAUAACACAGUGAAACUGACAUCUGGUCCUGAGAACACACUUUUCCACUAUGUUGCCUUAGAAACAGUGCAAGGAAUCUUUAUUACUCCUACCCUUGAAGAGGUGGCACAGCUAAGUGGCUCUAUCCACCCUCAGCUAAUAAAGAAUUUCCAUCAGUGUUGUCUUUCCAUUCGUGCAGUUUUCCAACAGACAUUGGUGGAAGAGAAAAAGAAAGGACUAAAUAGUGGAGACCAUUCAGAUUCUGCAAAGUCAGUGUCUUCUCUUAACCCUGUUAAAGAACAUGGUGUGUUGUUUGAAUGUUCGCCUGGAAACUGGACUGAUCAGAAAAAAGCACCACCAGUUAUGGCUUACUGGGUAGUAGGGAGACUUUUUCUUCAUCCAAAACCUCAAGAACUUUAUGUCUGUUUUCAUGACUCAGUCACAGAAAUUGCCAUUGAAAUAGCUUUUAAAUUGUUCUUUGGGUUAACCUUGUAGCUGUGCUUUCUUGAUGUGUAGAAACACGUGCAUAGAGGAUCAAACACUGUCAGAAUUGCUGAAAUCAAUACACAAAGAGAUGAAGUUUAGCUUCUUUUUACUUUUCAAUAUUGAACGUAAUAUUGUUAAGUAUUGAGAUGAAAUGCUGUUGGAUUUGAUACAUUAAAUCUUAAUGUAAUAUUGUAAGACUUUUGAGAAUAUACUUGAUUAAAAUGUGAAAGAAGGGAUUGUUAACUUAUUGCUAUUUUGGUAUAUAAUGUUAAUUUAUUGACUAGUUUGAAAUAAUGUGAAGUUUUUUAUAUAAGAUUAAUAUAGGAAAUGUUUAUUCUUGAAAAAUACCCAAUUUGUUGUUUAUUUUUCUCAAAAUUCAUACUGAUAUCUGGUGAAACAAUUAUGAAAUUGGGAGGAGGUGACCAGGUGCUGUAACUAAGUAGUGCUAUGACCAUGAGCAAGUUUUUGUACCUCUCUAAGCUCAGAGUUUUCAUGUAAAAUGAGAUGAGUGCAUUGAGGUUUCAAAAAUACCUCUUAAGUAGAAUGUGCUUUUAUUUUAUUUUAGUUUUAGUUUUAGUUCUGGGUACAUGUGCAGGAUGUGCAGGUUUGUUACAUAGGUAAACGUGUGCCAUGGCAGUUUGCUCCACCUAUCAACCCAUCACCUAGGUAUUAAGCCUAGCAUGCAUUAGCUAUUUUUCCUAAUACCCUCCCUACCUCCACAACAGGCCCCUUUGUCCAUGUGUUCUCAUGGUCAGCUCCCAUUUAUAAGUGAGAACCUACAGUGUUUGGUUUUCUGUUCCUGCAUUAGUUUGCUGAGGAUAAUGGCUUCCAGCUUCAUCCGUGUCCCUGCAAAGGACAUGAUCUCAUUCCUUUUUGUGGCUGCAUAGUAUUCCAUGGUGUAUAUGUACCACAUUUUCUUUAUCCAGGCUAUCACUGAUGGGCAUUUGGGUUGAUUCCAUGUCUUUGCUAUUGUAAAUAGUGCUUCAAUGAACCUAUGUGUGCAUGUAUAUUUGUAAUUGAAUGAUUUAUAUUCCUUUGGGUAUAAACCCAGUAAUGGGAUUGCUGGGUCAAAUGGCAUUUACGGUUUUAGAUCUUUGAAGAAUCACCACACUGUCUUCCACAAUGGUUGAACUAAUUUACAUUCCCACCAACAGUGUAAAAGCAUUCCUAUUUCCUCACAGCCUUGCCAGCAUCUGUUAUUUCUUGACUUUUUAAUAAUGGCCACUCUGACUGGUGUGAGAUGAUAUCUCAUUGUGGUUUUGAUUUGCGUUUCUCUAAUAAUCAGUGAUAUUGAGCUUUUUUUUCAUAUGUUUGUUGGCAGCAUGAAUGUCUUCUUUUGAGAAGUGUCUGUUCAUGUCGUUUGCCCAGUUUUUAAUGUGGUUCUUUUUUUUUCUUGUAAAUUUGUUUGAGUUCCUUGUAGAUUCUGGAUAUCAGAUCACUGUUGGAUGGAUAGAUUGCCAAAAUUUUCUCCCACUCUGUAGGUUGCCUGUUCAUUCUGAUGAUAGUUUCUUUUGCUGUGCAGAAGGUCUUUAGUUUAACUAGAUCCCAUUUGUCAAGUUUUGCUUUUGUUGCAGUUGCUUUUGUGAUUUCAUCGUGAAAUCUUUGCCCAUGCCCAUGUCUUAAAUGGUAUUGCCUAGAUUUUCUUCUAGGGAUUUUAUAGUUUUGGGCUUUACAUUUAAGCCUUUAUUCUAUCUUAAUUUUUUGUAUAAGUUGUGAGGAAUGGGUCCAGUUUCAAUUUUCUGCAUAUGGACAGCCAGUUCUCCCAGCACCAUUUAUUAAAUAAGGAAUCCUUUUCCCCAUUGCUUGUUUUUCUCAGGUUUGUUGAAGAUCAGAUGGUUGUAGAUGUGCAAUCUUAUUUCUGAGUUAUCUAUUCUAUUCCACUGGUCUAUGUGUCAGUUUUUGUACCAGUACCAUGCUGUUUUGGUUAUUGUACCCUUACAGUACAGUUUGAAGUUUGGUAGUAUGAUGCCUCCAGCUUUGGUCUUUUGGCUUAGGAUUGCCUUGGCUAUACAGGCUCUUUUUUUGGUUCCAUAUAAAUUUUAAAAUAGUUUUUUCUAAUUCUGUGAAGAAUAUCAAUGGUAGUUUAAUGGGAAUAACAUUGACUCUAUAAAUUACUUUGGGCAGUAUGGCUAUUUUCAUGAUAUUGAUUCUUCCUGUCUGUGAGCAUGGAAUAUUUUUCCAUUUGUUUAUGUCCUCUCUGGUUUCCUUGAGCAGUGGUUUGUAGUUCUCCUUGAAGAGGUCCUUCACUUCCCUUGUUAGCUGUAUUCCUCGGUAUUUUAUUCUCUUUGAAGCAAUUGGGAGUAGGAGUUCAUUCAUGAUUUGGAUCUCUGCUUGCCUGUUGUUGGUGUAUAGGAAUGCUGGUGACUUCUGCACAAUGAUUUUGUAUCUUGAGACUUUGCUGAAGUUGCUUAUCAGCUUAAGAAGCUUUUGGGUUGAGACAAUGGGGUUUUCUAGAUAUAGGAUAAUGUCCUCUGCAAACAAAGACAUUUUGACUUCCUCUCUUCCUGUUUGAAUACCCUUUAUUUCUUUCUCUUGCCUGAUUGCCCUGGCCAGAACUUCCAGUACUAUGUUGAAUAGUGGUGAGAGAGGGCAUCCUUGUCUUGUGCUGGUUUUCAAAGGGAGUGCUUCCAGCUUUUGCCCAUUCAGUAUGAUAUUGGCUGUGAGUCUGUCAUAAAUGGCUCUUAUUAUUUUGAAGUAUGUUCCUUCAAUACCUAGUUUAUUGAGAGUUUUUAACAUGAAAGGAUGUUGAAUUUUAUUGAUGGCCUUUUCUGCAUCUAUUGAGAUAAUCAUGUGGUCUUUGUCUUUAGUUCUGUUUGUGUGAUGAACUACAUUUAUUGAUUUGCAUAUGUUGAACCAGCCUCACAUCCUGGGAAUGAAGCCAACUUGAUCGUGGUGGAUAAGCUUUUUGAUGUGCUGCUGGAUUCAGUUUGCCAGUAUUUUAUUGAGAAUUUUUGCAUUGAUGUUCAUCAGGGAUAUUGGCCUGAAAUUUUCUUUUUUUGUUCUAUCUCUGCCAGGUUUUGAUAUCAGGAUGAUGCUGGCCUCAUAGAAUGAGUUAGGGAGGAGUCUCUCCUUUUCAUUUGUUUGGAAUAGUUUCAGAAGAAGUGGUAUCAGCUUCUCUUUGUAUUUCUGGUAGAAUUCAGCUGUAGAUCCAUCUGGUCCUGGGCUUUUUUUGGUUGGUAGCCUGUUAAUUACUGCCUCAAUUUCAGAACUUUUAUUGGUCUAUUCAGUAAUUUAACUGCUUCCUGGUUCAGUCUUGGGAGGGUGUAUGUGUCCAGGAAUUUAUCCAUUUCUUCUAGAUUUUCGAGUUUAUUUGCACAGAGCUGUUAUGGUAUUCUCUGAUGGUUGUUUAUAUUUCCGUGGGAUCAGUGGUAAUAUCCCCUUUAUCAUUUUUCAUUGUGUCUAUUUGAUUCUUCUCUCUUCUCCUUUAUUAGUCUGGCUAAUGGUCUAUUUUGUUAAACUUUUGAAAAAAAAAAAACCCCAGCCCCUGGAUUCAUUUAUUUUUUGAAGGGUUUUUCAUGUCUCUAGCUCCUUCAUUUCCACUCUGAUUUUGGUUAUUUUUUGUCUUCUGCUGGCUUUUGGGUUUGUUUGCUCUUGGUUCACUAGUUCUUUUAGUUGUGAUACUAGGGUGUCAAUUUGAGAUCUUUCUAGCUUUUUGAUGUGGACAUUUAGUGCUAUAAAUUUCCCUCUUAACACUGCUUUAGCUGUGCCCCAGAGAUUCUAGUACAUUGUCUCUUUGUUUUCAUUGGUUUCAAAGAACUUCUUGAUUUCUCUCUUAAUUUCGUUAUUUACCCAGGAGUCAUUCAGGAGCAGGUUAUUCAAUUUCCAUGUAGUUGUGUGGUUUUGAGUGACUUUCUUACUCUUGAGUUCCAAUUUGAUUGUGCUGUGAUCUGAGAGACUGUUUGUUAUUACUUCAGUUCUUUAGCAUUUGCUGAGGAGUGAUUUACUUCUAAUUGUGUGAUCAAUUUUAGAGUAAGUACCAUGUGGCACUGAGAAGAAUAUAUAUUCUGUUGUUUGGGGGUGGAAAGAUCUGUAGAUAUUUAUCAAGUCCCACUUGAUCCAGAGCUGAGGUCAAGUCCUGAAUAUCUUUGUUAAUUUUCUGUCUCAAUGAUCUAAUAUUGACAGUGGGGUGUUAAAGUCUCCCACUAUUAUUGUGUGGAAAUCUAAGUCUCUUUGUGGGUCUCUAAGAACUUGUUUUAUGAAUCUGAGUGCUCCUAUAUUAGGUGCAUAUAUAUUUAGGAUAGUUAGCUCUUCUUGUUGAAUUGACCCCUUUACCAGUAUGUAAUGCCUUUGUCUUUUUUUCAAUCUUUGUUUGUUUAAAGUCUUUGUCAGAAACUAGGAUUGCAGCCUCUCCUUUUUUCUGUUUUCCUUUUGCUUGGUAGAUUUUCCUCCAUCCUUUUAUUUUGAGUCUAUGUGUGUCCUUACGUGUGAGAUGGGUCUCUUGAAUACAGCACACUGAUGGAUUUGACUCUUUGUCCAGCUUGCCUUCUGCAUCUUUUGUUUGGGGCAUUUAGUGCAUUUACAUUUAAGGUUAAUAUUGUUAUGUGUGAAUUUUAUCCUGACAUCAUGAUGCUAGUUGGUUAUUUUGCAGACUUGUUUAUGUUUUUGCUUCAUAGUGUUACUGAUCUGUGUAUUUCAAUGUGUUUUUUGUAGUGGCUGGUAACAGUUUUUCCUUUCCAUAUUGAGUGCUUCCUUCAGGAGCACUUGCAAGGCAGGCCUGGUGGUGACGAAUUCCCUCAGCACUUGCUUGUCUGAAAAAGAUUUUAUUUCUCCUUCACUUAUGAAGCUUAGUUCAGCCAGAUAUGAAAUUCUAGGUUGGAAAUUCUUUUCUUUAAGAAUGUUGAAAAUUGGCCCCCAACCUCUUCCGGCUUAUAAGGUUUCUGCUGAGAAGUCUGCUGUUAGUCUGAUGGGCUUCCCUUUAUAAGUGACCUGGCCUAUCUCUCUGACUGCCCUUAACAUUUUUUCCUUCAUUUCAGUCUUGGAGAAUCUGAUGAUUAUGUGUCUUGGGGUUGAUCUCAUGGAGUAUUGUAUUGUAUUGUAUUGGGGUUCUCUGGAUUUCCUGAAUUUGAAUGUUGACCUGUCUUGCUAGGUUGGAGAAGUUUUCCUGGAUGAUAUCCACAAGUGUGUUUUCCAACUUGGUUCCAUUCUUCUGUCUCUUUCAGGUAUAUCUAUCAGUUGUAGGUUCAGUCUUUUAACAUAACCCCAUAGUUUUCAGAGGUUUUGUUCGUUCCUUUUCAUACUUUUUUCUCUAAUCUUGUCUACCUGCCUUAUUUCAGCAAGAUAGUCUUCAAACUCUGAUCUCCUUUCUUCCACUUAGUCUAUUCGGUUAUGGAUACUUGUGUUUGCAUUAUAAAGUUCUCGUGUUUUGCAGCUCCAUUAGAUCAUUUACAUUCCUCUCCAAACUGGUUAUUCUAUUUAACAUCUCCUAUAAUGUUUUAUCAUGGUUCUUAGCUUCUUUGCAGUGAGUUAGAACAUAUUCCCUUAGCUUGGUGAAGUUUGUUAUUUCCCAUCUUGGAUGGAUGAUUGACAUUCAUCCAUCUCAGCCUCAGCCCAGUUCUGUGUCCUUGCUAGAGACAUGUUGCAAUCUUUUGGAGGAGAAAAGGCACUCUGGCUUUCUGAGUUUUCCGUAUCCUUGCAUUCUUUCUCAUUUUCAUGGGUUUAUCUACCUUUGAUGUUUGAGGCUGCUGACUUUUGGAUGGGGUUUUUGUGGUGUCUUUUUUGUUGAUGUUGUUGCGUUCUGUUUUUCUUUUAGCAGUCAGGCCCCUCUUCUGUAGGGCUGCUGCAGUUUGCCUGGGGUCCACUCUAGUCCCUAUUCGCCUGGGUCUCUCGUCACCCUGGAGAUAUCACCAGCAGAGGCUGCAGACCAGCAAAGAUGGCAGCCUGCUCCUUCCUCUGGGAGCUCUGUUCCAGAGGGGCACUGCCUGAUGCUACACAGAAUGCUCCUGUAUGAAGUGUCUGGAGACUCCUGUUGGGAGGUCUCAGUCAGGAGGAGUGGGGUCAGAGAACCACUUAAAUAAGCAGUCUGUCUGCCUCUUGACAGGGUGGGUGUGCAACACUGUGGGGAAUCCCCCUCAUCUGGGCUGCCUUGACUCUCCAGAGCCAGCAGGCAGAGAAGACUAAGAUCACUGAUCCAUGAUACUGCAGCCGUCCUUCCUCCUAGGGGCUCCUCUCAGGGUUAUCAGUGUUUUGUCCACAAACCCCUGGCUGGGGAUGCUGAGAUUCCCACAGGGAGGCCCUGUCCAGUGAAGAGGAGUGAAUCUGGGUUCCACCCCAUCUUGCUGGUGCUAGCAGCAAGGGAAAGUGGCCAAUUGGAGCCACAGUGAUGGCAGCCUCCCCUCCCCUCCCUUCUCCCCCAUCUCCUUCCCCACUUCCAGAACUCAGUCUUAGGCAGUUUCUAGCUGGUGGGGGAGGAUUACAAGCCAGUAGUUUUAGCUUAUGGAGUUUUGUGAGAGCAAGGCUGCUUGGCUCCCUAGCUUCAGCCCCUUCCCCAUGAGAGUGGACAGAUCUCCUGCCUCACGGGAGUUCCCAGAGCCGGAGUAUGCAAAUACUCCAGUGUCUCAGUGCCUGCUCAAAGCGGCUGCCCACCCAAGCACAGAUUUGUGCUUGGGACCCAAAGCUCUGGUAGCAUUGGCUCAGGAGGGAACCUCCUGAUCUACAGGUUGCAAGGAUCUGUGGGAAAAGCCUGGUUUUCAGGGAGGGGAAGCAAAAUCCUUCACCGUCUCCCUUGGCUGGAGGAGGGAGUUCACUUUGCUGCGUGCAGCUCCUGGAUGGGAUCUUGCUCCACCCUGUUUUUGCUCGCUCUCCGUGGGUCAUGCCAGCCACCUAGCAGUCCCAAUAAGAGAACUUCGGUACCUCAACUGAAGAUGCAGAGUUUACUCACAGUUUUCUUCCUUCUUGGUGGGAGCUGCAGAGCAGAGCUGCCUCUCUUUGACCAUCUUGGCUCUCUGUUCUACUUUUUUUUUUUUUUUUUUUUUUUUUUUGCCCCUUGCAUGUUGGUCACCUCCUAAAUUAGUAAUGUGUAAGUACUUAUUCCUUAUCAGAUACUUUUCAUUAAUUUAACUAUCCUAGUACAUACCUCACUGUGGGGAAAGGGGAAAGAUGAAAAUUAAACUUACUUUUUAUUUAUUUGAUUCUCUUUAAGUUUCAGGUAAGCUCGAUUUUGACUAGAAUAUAUAUAUGUGUGUGUGUAUAUAUGUGUAUUUUUUAAACUAUUUGUCAACUUUCAUUUUUUUUGUUUUUGUUAAAAUACAUUCAGCAGCUAGGCUUGGUGGCUCAUGCCUGUAAUCUCAACACUUUGGGAGGCUGAGGCAGGUGGAUCGCUUGAGUCCAGGAGUUCAAGACCAGCCUGAGCAACAUAGCAAAAAUUCCAUCUCCACAAAAAAUACAAAAAUUAGCCAGGUGUGGUAGCACUGUCUUUUAACAGUCCCAGAUACCUGGGAGGCUGAGGUGGGAAGAUCACCUGAGCUCAGUCGGUUGAGGCUGCAGUGAGCUAUGAUCAUGCCACUGCACUCUAGCCUGGGCAACACAGUGAGACCCUGUUUCAAAAAAAAAAAUCACAUUCAAGUAUAUUUCACAUGCAUUUUAUAUACUUCAUGAAUUUCAGGAAAGCUGCAUGUAAAUCUUCUUUUAAAACUAAAUCAUGUUAAAGACACUGAAAAAGUUAACUAAAAUUAUAUGGUGACUUCUUUUAUAAAAUACUAAUUUUUGGCCGGGCGCAGUGGUGGCUCACGCCUGUAAUCCCAGCACUUUGGAAGGCCGAGGCGGGUGGAUCAUGAGGUCAGGAAUUCGAGACCAGCCUGACCAACAUGGUGAAACCCCAUCUCUACUAAAAAUACAAAAAUUAGCUGGGCGUGGUGGUGUGCACCUGUAAUCCUAGCUACCUAGGAGGCUGAGGCAGGAGAAUCGCUUGAACCCAGGAAGCAGAGGUUGCAGUGAGUCAAGAUCAUGCCACUGCACUUCUGCCUGAGGAACAGAACGAGAUUCCGUCUCAAAAAAAAAAAAAAAAAAUACUAUUAUCUUAGAAAUAUAGAUCAUUAUGCAUUGGGUUUUUUCAAAGGGGGAACACUUUAGUGAACAAUAGUUUACUUGACCUUUAGUUGGAAAAGAAAACUAAUGGUGGAGAAUUUUCUUUGGCUGUGAGAAUUUGGUAGAUUGAGAGGAAGUAAGAACAUCAAUACUGCAUUUUUACUUGACAUUUACCCUGUAGAUCCUUCUAGAGGUUCAGUGCCCCCAAGACAUUCCAACACUGAGCUGUUUCUUCUCCAGGUCUUAAGCUUUGAAGACAAGCUAUACCAGCACAUCUAAAAUCGGUCUCUACAUUUUUCCAUCUUAAACAUGAGCUGUCCAGCUUAGUCAAAACUAACUGCAAAACACUGGAUGUACCAUUUGAGUCACUUGGUCUUAAAAGAAACACUACUAUCACUGUGUCAUAGUUUGAGAGAUUUUCACCUAAGCAUUUAAGUUGCAAACCACUACAUAUUUGUCCCAUUAGUGACUAGUGGGCCUUAAUUUUGGCAUUCAAAUUGGUAAAGAAAUGCUUGAAAUGCUAUAGAAAAUAGCUUAAGGCCAGGCACAGUUGCUCACACCUGUAACUCCAGCACUUUGGAAGGCUGAGGCAGGCAGAUCACUUGAGGUCAGGAGUUUGAGACCAGCCUGGUCAACAUGGUGAAACCCUGUCUCUACUAAAAAUAUUAAAAAGAAAAAAUUAGCCAGGCGUGGUGGCAGGUGCCUGAAGUCCCAGCUACUUGGGAGGCUGAGGCAGGAGAAUCACUUGAAGCCAGGAAGCAGAGGCUGCAGUGAGCCUAGCUCAUGCCACUGCCACUCCAGCCUGGGCAACAGAACAAGGCUCUGUUUAAAAAACAAAACUUGAAAUAUCCUCCCCUUAAGAUCACAAUAUUGUCAUAUGCUACCAUUUGACUCACAACUGCUGUCUUAGGACUGCUUAUUUACAUAUAUAUGUAUUAAGACACUUUGGUUAAAACAAUUUAUUAAAUGUCUUAAAUUUCUGGAUAUGUCCUUGAAAAUACCAUGAACUACUUCUAAUACUGAUAAUUAUGAAUAAAUGUAGCUGUGGAUCACCUCAGGUUUUCAUACAAACUGAACUAAGAUAGGGUUUUAUCAUAGGAGACUUUUUGUUUCAUUUAAUGAAAUUUUGAUGUGUUGAACUGCUUUCCUGGUAUCAGAGAAACAUGAGACCAUCGCUCAAUAAUGGAAAUAAAAAGGCAGAGCAGACUACUGAUCUUAAUAAAAGGAAAAUUAUUUGCUGUAUCGUAGAUGUGCAGUAAUUUCCAUGUUAAAGAGGCACUGCAUUUUUAAGAAAUAAAAUCACACAUCUUAUUUUUUCAUUUCUAAAUGGAUAUUGAACUAAGCUCUGUAAGCAAACUUAGCUGCCUAUUUUUCCAAAUAUGUAUCAAACUGAUUAUCAGACAAUAAAGUGCCUAUUACUUUAUUAAAUAAAGGGGGACAGGAUGACAGUGCAGAUAUCCUAGAAAUAUGCUUUAGAAGACAUAGAAACAUUGGUAAAUUGGAUUUUAUUAGUAUCAUGCAAAUAUUCCCUUCCACCAGCAACUAUUAAUGUGAAAAACUAUAUAUAGCUAGCAUUUUUUAAAAUAUCAAAUACUGUCUCAUUAUCAUAUGUUUUAGCCCCCCGAAAUUACAUUUUAGACUCUUACUUUCUCUCCCCCUCCCCUUUCUUUAGCUCUUGUUUUUGUCUUGCCAGAGAAGUGUACCUAGUAAGGGAAUGUUUCUUAUUUGUGCCAAGGAACUAUUGAUGAUGCUUUAUAAUGGCAAGAUAGUAUUUUGUAAUACCUGCUUUUUUAUAUUUCUAAUACAAAUGGGCAAAGCUGUAAAACCAAUUUACUAGGUUUUUCUGCUUUGGACAUUACUGUACAUGUUAAUUCUCUCUAAACAGUGCCUGGCACAUAUUACAUGCUAUAAAAGUAUUAGCUACUACUGCUACCAUUUAUUAUUAUCAUUAUUAAAUAUCCAUUGGUUGAAAAACCAAGUAGUCAGCUAAAUGAUACCUGCUACUGUACAAAAUGUUGGGGAAAAGCUGAGAAAAUCAUUUAUCAAUAAACAGUUUUCAGAACAAGAAUUUAUACUUCGGAUAUUUUUAAAUUAUUAAAUGUUACUAAACUUUAUGCACCAAAACUGUAUGAAAUAAUUUAAUUUUGCAGAGUUGUGUUUCUAUAUUCUAUGUAAUUAAAGCUAUUUUUAUACUAUAUGAUAGUUUUAAAUAAAACUGGUUUGGAGGUUUGUUUGCA